CUACAACAAUAAUCCGUAGUCGUUCUCUCACACAAACUUUAACUUCGUAUUUCGAUUUCAUUGCGGUUGUGUUCGUAUUCUGUCGCACGGGUGCAACUCGCGUAUAAACCAGUGAAUAAACUGAAUCUUCGCGGUGAAUGACAGUGAAUAAUUAUUUUAAAAAUAUAUAUUUUUUUGUGAUACAUAAGGAUCAAGGGUAUACCUGAGUACCUGUAGUGAAAUGUACAAAAUAUGGUUCGUACUAGCAGUAGUGGUGUUUUAUUUAGGAAAUAAAGUUACUACCCUUGAAAAUGGACUCGCCAGAACUCCACCGAUGGGAUGGCUCGCGUGGGAGAGAUUCAGGUGCAACACCGAUUGUAAAAAUGAUCCCGACAAUUGUAUCAGUGAGAAUCUAUUCAGGACAAUGGCUGACAUCCUAGUCAGCGAAGGAUAUGCCAACGUAGGAUACGAAUACAUUAAUGUCGAUGACUGUUGGUUGGAAAAAGACAGAAAUAUUUACGGAGAACUUGUUCCGGAUAGGUUGAGGUUUCCUAGAGGAAUGAAAUCAUUAGCUGACUAUGUCCACUCCAAAGGUUUAAAAUUUGGUAUAUAUGAAGAUUAUGGGAACUACACCUGCGCUGGUUAUCCAGGUGUACUAGGUAACCUUCAAAGAGAUGCCGAAACCUUUGCGUCAUGGGACGUGGAUUAUGUAAAAUUGGAUGGUUGUUACGCACAUCCGAGAGAUAUGGAUAGAGGAUAUCCAGAAUUUGGAUAUCAUUUAAACAGAACAGGUCGGCCGAUAAUUUACUCGUGUAGUUGGCCGGUGUAUCAAAUUUAUUCGGGAAUGCAGCCAAACUUCAGCGCCAUUAUCGAACAUUGCAACAUGUGGAGAAAUUUCGAUGACAUUCAAGAUUCAUGGGCCAGCGUGGAAAGUAUAAUCGAUUAUUAUGGAAAUAAUCAAGACGUACUUAUUGCUAACGCAGGACCUGGUCACUGGAACGAUCCCGAUAUGUUGAUUAUUGGAAAUUUUGGACUUAGUUAUGAACAAAGUAAAACGCAAAUGGCGAUCUGGGCCAUUUUAGCAGCCCCACUAUUGAUGUCUGUAGAUUUAAGGACCAUAAGACCAGAAUACAAAGCCAUAUUACAAAAUAAGAAAAUUAUAGCUGUAGAUCAAGAUCCGCUAGGGAUACAAGGAAGAAGAAUUUAUAAGCACAAAGGAAUAGAAAUUUGGUCAAGACCAAUCACCCCUCUAUACCAAAGUUACUUUUCCUAUGCCAUAGCUUUCGUAAACAGACGGACUGACGGUACACCUUCCGAUGUGGCUGUAACUCUUAAAGAAUUGGGUCUCACAUCACCCACUGGAUAUAGAGUAGAAGAUUUGUAUGAAGAUGUGGAUUAUGGAGUUUUGUCUCCUCAAACCAAAAUCAAAGUAAAAGUGAAUCCAUCAGGUGUUGUAAUAUUAAGAGCUGACGUCCAAGUAGAUUUCAACAGACGUAUACCAUACUUCACAACUCAACGAACAACUUUCAGUCCUCUUAAUCAAGGUUUCAGAGUAAGGGACAACAGAUUCAAAUAGUGUUCUCAUAAUUUCGAGCUAAGUAAAUUAUUAAUUUAGAUAGGAUUUGAUUGUAGUAAUAUAUUUUUAAGAAAUAAAACUAUUUAAAAAUUGAGAAA